AUGGCUGAACAAGAUGAUGUCCCUUCCGAGUUGUAUUACCUUGACCCAGAGUUUCCACCACGUUCUUUAAAGACAUACCAACUCAAAACGAUUCUAGCAACACAUGACAUUGCUGUGCCUGCAAAGUCCAAAAAGGCAGACCUGAUCAAGUUGUUCCAGGAACACGUGGAGCCACGACGUGGUGCUAUUAUUGCCGAAUACAAGGGAAGGCAAGAGGAAAAAGAACGGCAGCAAAAGGAACAAGAAGAGAACCUUGGGCGUGGUCGUCGUCAAUGGAUACCUUCUCGACGUGUCAAGGAAGCCAUGGAGUUGGGACAAACGCCAAAGAGACGAGCUGCGAAGUAUAAUGACAACGAGGAAGAGGAUGCAAGACAACCCUUACGAGAUAAAGAUGGUUUCGUGAUCCCUGAAUUGCCCACUCAUAAACGACCCCAAUCAACUACCAAGGAACCUUCUUUUACAGCACAAGACUCGUUUGCAUCUUCCGAUGAAGAUUUGGAAAAGGAUCAAAAGAUGAUGCGCGACAAGGUCAAACGUAAAAGACCAACGCCUAUGCAACCAUCGCCCCAGCAACCAGAGCAGCAGCCACAACCACAACCACAACAACCUGUCAUCAGCACAAGACGUUCUACGCGUGGUACAUUCACUGCUCAGGAUUCUUUUGCAUCAUCAGAUGAAGAGAGCGACAUUAACAGCAAAGUGGAAAAACUCCAUCAACGUCGCGCAGUAAAAGUGACUCGACGACGACCUGCACCCGUUACUAAAACAGCCGAGUCCAACAAAAAGACACAAAAGGAUGAUGAUGAGCAGGAAUCGGAUGAUGAUGAAGAGUACAAAGCAGACAGCAGCGAUCAUGAAGAGGAAGAAGUUGAAUCGGUGGAUCAAAAUGGAGCCAAUUUGAUGGAUGAAGUGGCAUGGCUAGUAGAAGACAACGCAAUGCAUGAAACUCGUAUUCUGGGUAAGCCACGCAGCGAAUGGUACAUGCUAUUCGGCUAUCUAUUUCGGGCGUAUCUCGGAUUGGUUUGCUUGGCAUUAUUGGGAACAGCAGUGACCGUAUCAACACGUGCCUACAAUGGAUAUUGUGAUUCUGGACAAGAUGGCAUAUCCCACAUUUCAUGUAUCCCGUGCCCUGAUCAUGGUGUAUGCUCCAAUGGUCAACUCCAAUGCCCACCUUUGUAUCAUGUUCAUCGCCCUUGGUACAAUGCCUAUGGCUUAUUACCGAUUGCCGAUGAAUGUAUGCGUGACUCUGCCAUGGGACGUGCGAUCGACUCUACCGAAAAACAAAUCAAGCGUAUCUUGGCUCGUGCUCAAGGCAAAGAAGUUUGUGAACAAGUGCAAAUGGGUGGUCAUCUCGAUGAUAGUGCUGUUGCACGCAUGAACGGUACAGAGCUUCAUGAUACCUUGUUACAAAUGCAACCUGCUACAGAUGAAGAAAUCGAUGCUGAUACAUUCCAAUUGAUUGUUUCCAACGCUAUUACACAAGCUCUGGAAGAUCCCAUGAUCCAGAAAACAGAAAUUGGUGGGAUACCCUACUAUAGUACCAGCAAUGCCGAUAUGCCACUGUGGUGCUCUGCAACAGUGUUGUUAUUGCAUGUACCUACUCGUACCAAGUAUAUCAGUAUAGGUGUCUUUAUUGGGUUCUGGAUGGUGGUUUAUGCGGUUUACAAAUACCAGCAACACUACAAGAGGAGUCAGCGUACAAAGGCCAAGUUGAACCAAAUCCUAAAUGCUCUCCAGGAACAGUUGAAGAAGCACAAGGAUCAUCCUGAAUCAUACGAUCGUGGUAUUCCAGUCUCACAGCUUCGUAUUCAGACAAGUGCAGGACGUGUUAAUGAAGGCGAUGAAGUCAAGGACUGGCUACGUGUGGUCCAUCAAGUCAACAAGCAUCCACAAGUACGUCGGGGUCAUCGCGAAGUAGCAGGCGAAUUAUGUGAAAUUUGGGAAUUGGCUCUCUAG